CUUCAAUUGUUUUAGUUGGAAGUACUUAAUUUAUGCUAUUUGAACUUCUCUGAUAUAAUACGUAUAAACAAGUUACAGAGAUCGAAUUAGAGCUAACAAGCAAAGGGGAAGAGAUUUGUACGAUGUCAGCAAUGUUCCCCGAGAAAGUCUUGAAACCCAGUAAACGAUUAAGGGUUUACACUGAAGGCAAUGCUGAUCUGAUAAGCAACUUACCAGAAUGCCUUCUCGUAAACAUCUUUUCCUUCUUGCCUAUGAGAGAUUUGAUCAGGACAAGCGUUUUAUCCAAGGGAUGGAGGUACCUCUGGACCCAAGCCCCGAAUUUAGAUUUUGAUCAGUCUCUGUUUGAAAAUUGUCUUUGUUACGAUUGGCUAUGCCAAUGCCAUGAAAGUAAGAUGGGAAAGUUUGUGGAGUUCUUAGACCGGAUGCUCAUGUUUGUUGACGGCAGAACCAUAAGCAAAUUUCGGCUCUCAUUCUAUUACCAUAAGCAUUUUAGGUACACCGAAAGUAUUGACAGGUGGGUUCACUUGGCGAUGACAAGCAAGGCUCAUGAGCUCAUCUUGGAUUUUUCCAAGGGUUAUAGUCUGGCAUUCCUCCGAAAUGUCGCACUCUAUCAGAUGCCUCAUCAUCCCAUUGCACCUACCUGGUUGACAGUUCUGAAACUACACCUCUGCAAGUUCAAUUUGUCUAGUUUUGAGGCAUUGAGCUCACUUCGAAGUUUGUUUCUCAGAUUUGUGUUAGUGUUGGAUGGCUCUAUUGGAGUUCUAAUAACUAAGUGUCCACUCUUACAAGACUUAAGUCUUAAAACCUGUUAUUUUCCUGAUCAAUUCAUGAAUCAUCCUCUGGAUUUGAAACUCAAGACACUGACUAUAAAAAAUUGCUAUAUCAAUGAGGUGAUGGACACUCAGGUGGCAGGUGUAAGGUGGACUGAGGAUUUUUCUCAUAAACCAAUUCGGUCAAUUCAUAUAUCUGCACCAAAUCUUCUAUCUUUUAAAUUCUGUGGAAAACAUAUUUGGGAACUGUCUCUUAAAAGAAUGUCCCAUCUGGUUGAUGCUAAAAUUAUUAAUGAUCAGACAACUAUAUUCCCGGGUCAGAGUCAGAUUCUCCAUAAACUUCUGAAGGAGCUGGACCAUGCCCAGGCUCUAACCCUGUGUAGCUGGUUCCUUCAGGUUCUGCCACUAGAAGGAAACCAACAGAGUUUGGAAACUCCACUCAAUAACCUGAAGCAUUUAAAAUUGAAGGUGGGCUUGCACACAUUAGAGUUUUUGGGCAUAGCUUGCUUGUUAAGGAGUUCACCAAAUUUGGAGAGUUUGACUUUGAUCACGGGCAAAUUCGCCCACAUUUGGGAAUAUGACCUUGACAUUGAGGUUCUGAAUGAGUUGUUCGACUUUAAUGAGCGGCUCUAUUGGGAAUCGCAAAUGUGGUGUUUCAAUUGCCUCAAGAAGAUUGAGAUACAUGAGUUUUUCGGUACAAAAUUCCUGAUGGAUAUGAUCAAGUUUGUGCUCAAGAAUUCGGCGGUUUUGGAGAGUGUUGUCAUUUGCUUUGAUGAAAGGAUCUCCAGCCUUACAGAUCCUGAAUAUCAAGAUAUGAGUCGCUUGCAGUUUGAAAUCAACAGUUUUCAUAGAGCUUCAUCUUGUGCUAAAAUACUGUUCUUGUAGACAUUGUAGUCCUUCAUUGAGAUAUCCAGUUUAGAAUCUUCUGAUUCUGAAUGAUUACAGGUGUUGAAGGUUUGGCCAGAUGUUGCAGUUGUAGGGAUUUUUGAAGAAGGAUACUCAACAAGCGGUGAAUCUCUAGUGAGAUUUGAUGGGUUGCCGUCUGUAUCUGGAUUACAGGUUCCUCUGGGUGAAUAUUUUCUUCUUACUGGGCAUAUAUAUAGGUCUAUUUUCUUGGGGAUGCUCAUCCAUUAGGUAAUACUACUAAAAGC